AUGAGGUUGAGCGGUAUACUGGGAUUGCUCCUCGCGUUAAAACUAUCAGAGGGUCAGUGGAGGUGUCCAUCUCUAAGCAGCAGACCGGCGGCCGAGUGCUCCUGCGACCUGCCUCACACGUUGAGGUGUACCGGUGACCACACGGCGUUACAAAUAAUCGGACGUCAUCUUCGAGAGCAGAGGGCGAGAAAUAAGAACACUGCCAUAUCAUUAUUGGACUGUGCUUUGCGAGGAGUUACUGUACUCACGUCGGCGUCAGUGCAAGAGUUGGCUGGUGUUGGACUGCACGGGCUGGUGAUUUCUUCAGGAGACAUUAGACGGGUGCAGCAAGGAGCGUUUGUUAGUCUUUCGUCUACACUAAUGGCUUUAGGUUUACCCAACAACCAAAUGCCUUCAGUGCCAACAGAAUCUUUAUUGCGUUUGUGGAGUCUAGACAGAUUGGAUUUGUCUAAUAACAAGAUACACAAUUUGGAAUCUAAUUCCUUUAAGGGUAUAAAGAACCUUACUUACUUAGACAUAAGUGACAACCAAUUGACAGAUAUUUCUCCUGACGCAUUCAAGCCACUGGUGAAGUUGACAGUUCUAAGGCUUCGCGGGAAUCUACUUAAAGUAUCCGCUUUGGGAUCGCUUAAGGAAGCACACAUGUUGAAGGAAUUGGAUUUAUCGAGUAAUGCCCUAGAAGGCCCUUUGUGCUCGAAUACAGUACCGGCUUUGAGUCGUUUAGCAACCUUACAGCUGUCUGACAAUACCUUUGCCAGCAUCCGACGGGGCGCGUUAGCUGGUCUGUCGAAUUUAACAAGUCUGAAUCUACAUAACAAUCAGAUUGACGUCUUAGAAGAUUACGCUUUCAAGCAUUUGACUAAUUUGACGGAUCUGGAUUUAUCUCAUAAUGAGAUAGUUGCAGUUUCAAGUGCAUCUCUAGCUCAACUAUUCAACUUACGCCGUCUCGAUUUAUCCCACAAUUUCCUUCGUUCGCUCUCCGCGGAGCCGCUGAAGUCACUGCAGAGCCUGACAGAGUUGUAUCUUCAUGAUAACGAUGUGUCUAUGAUAGAUGACGGCGCUUUGGCUCAGCACAGGGGCCUCGGUCGCUUCACUAUUGAAGACAAUCCCUUGAACUGUGACUGUUUAAUGGCUAGCUUCGCUAGGUGGCUUCGCGAGGCGCAGAAUUUAUCUCAAGCGGAUAAAUCGGCAGCUGUUUGCACGACGCCCCCACAUUUAGAAGGGGGCCUUAUAUCCAGAUUAUCGAAAAACAAAUUAUGCGACGACAACGACCACGUUGAAGCGAAGCUAAAAGAAAAUUAUGACUUUAAUAAAGAAAAUACGAUAUCUUUUAAUGAAAAAGAUGGAGAAGGAAGCAGUUUAGACGAUGAUUCGUAUUUGGAUAAGAUAGAUGGAUUAGAUGAUGACGUCUAUGACGAAGAAUUGGAGGUUCCUUCGGAAGAGGAUUUGCCAAUCUCCAAAUCUAAGGUCCGUCUUCUGGAUGCCUGGUAUGAAGAUGAAGAGGUCCAUCUGUCGUGGGUGGUAGAUCCACCUUCGACGAGACAUUACCGGUGCACGGGAGUGACCGUGUCCAGGGGUGGUGGAAUAGCGAAACACGUGGCUUGUCACCGGGCUUCACCAGCCAAUAUUCUGUUAAGGGGACUAAAGAUAGACCCUCUCGAUCAGUAUACCUUCUGUCUGGCGUUAGAAGAAAUGGACGACAUGGAUGUUCCUCUGUCUCUGGUGUUAGGGUGUGGUCCGCCUCAGGUUGUGAGGAAACGCGCACCGUUUGCUACGGCGGUGCCAGUCGUUGUUACCGCUUCACCGGGAAUCGAAAGUUACAGGGUCUCCGAAGUACGAUCUAACGUGACCAGUGACGGUGUAUUGACCGUCCUCAUCUCGAUAAUGGGGUUACCACAGCGCUUACAGAAUCUCAGAUCGCAGCAUACCGACAUGAAAUACCCGUUUAACUGUUUUGUAGUUUUAGCAGUUCUCUCUGAGGGUUCUUUGGUAGCCCAAAAGGACACCCGUUGUCAGUCCAACCUGGAGGUCACCAUGGAAGGCCUAAUAAGAGGACCUUAUGAAGUGUGCGCCACCUUAUCCAAAUUCAAGAGAGAAGAUGCUCAUCCAAUCUGCGUGGUGCCUCAACUGUUAGAGCCAUUCGGUUCUCAAAUCAAGGCGAGCUUUAGGGGUCUUAAUACAGCGUUGAUAGGGAUCGCUUUAUGCCUGAUGAUCGUGGUUGUGGCUUUAAUAUGUUUCGUGAGGAAAAUGCUGAAGAAACCUACCGAUUUUGAAGGUCACAGAUGCUUUAGGCCUGAUCCGGUGCAAGAACCGGACAGUCCUAGAGCGAAUUACGUGAUGCUGACAGCUACUUCUAAAUUAUGAGCUUAUUGUACUAGUCUUUUUUGUUAGUUUUUGAUUUAUUUAACGCGAGGGUGGCAGGAAUAUUUUUAUUAGAAAAUUUUGCUGACUUUGUGCGAGAAGUUGUAACAAUGUUUAAUUAUUAUAAGAAACUGUUCAUUACUCUUAAUUGUAAUCAUGAAAGUUUUACGUUAUCGAAAAGGGGAAUUUGUUUGAGAAUUUAACACCGAACCUUUCGUGAGAUAAAAUUUUGUAAAUAUAAUUUAUCUAGUACUAGCGGACCCGGCGAACUUUGUUCCGCCACACUGUUUGUUUUAAACACGUCAACUUCAAAAU